AAACUGGUUUGGUGACAAAAACAAGGUGCCACAGUUGAAUGUUGGGCUGCACCAUUGGGGUGGGUGGGUAGGUGAGAACUAUAGAUACCCAAAAUCCCACGUCUUGUCUUCACCUACUUUUCACUACCCUAAUUAUAAUUUCUAAUAUUUUUUUUCUUUUCAAUUACAGAACCUCCAUUGAUCAAGAUUCAUCUUUUCUGAUCAGAUUUUUAUUUUUGGGAAAUGGAGUUCUUGGAAAGACCUGAUGCUCAAUUGAUUAUUGGGGUUGCUGUUGCAGCUGUUGCUGUUGGUGCUACAGCUUAUUUUUACUUCUCUUCCAAGAAGUCCAAAGUAUGUUUGAACCCUGAAGAAUUCAGGGCAUUUAAGCUUGUUAAGCGUACACAACUUAGCCAUAAUGUGGCGAAAUUCAGAUUUGAACUUCCGACGCCCACUUCUGUGUUGGGACUACCCAUUGGACAACAUAUUAGUUGCAGGGGCAAAGAUAGUCAAGGUGAAGAGGUUGUUAAACCAUACACACCAACUACUUUGGACUCUGACAUUGGAUACUUUGAGUUAGUUAUAAAGAUGUAUCCCCAAGGAAGGAUGUCACAUCAUUUCCGGGAAAUGCGCGAGGGUGAUUACAUGGAAGUGAAGGGACCCAAGGGGCGCUUUAAGUACCAUCCUGGUCAAGUUAGAGCAUUUGGAAUGCUUGCAGGAGGCUCUGGCAUUACCCCGAUGUUCCAGGUUGCUAGAGCUAUUCUUGAAAAUCCCAACGACGUGACGAAGGUGCACCUGAUAUAUGCUAAUGUUACUUCUGAAGAUAUUCUUCUGAAGGAAGAGUUGGAGGGCCUUACUGCUAACUAUCCUGACCGUUUCAAAGUUUAUUACGUCUUGAAUCAGCCUCCGGAAGAAUGGAGUGGUGGUGUGGGAUUUGUCUCCAAAGAAAUGAUCCAAGCUCAUUGCCCUGCCCCGGCAGAUGACAUUAAGAUACUGAGAUGUGGUCCACCACCGAUGAACAAGGCAAUGGCUGCUCAUCUUGAAGCCCUCGGAUACUCACCGGAGAUGCAAUUCCAAUUCUAACUUGUUUUUUUCUUGUUUUCAUUUUUAUCCCCGCGUUGAAAUUAUUGCGAAUUAUAGUCUGGAGAAAGACAUAUGACAUUGUCAUUUUUCAGUGAAGAGACUCAUAAACCUGCUUUUCAUUUUGAAUAACAUCUCAUUCUUGAGUAAAAAUGUCAUCUUUGCUUUUCUG